AUGGAGCAUUUGUUCGUAUUCCGGCUACUCAGCCUAUUCUGGUGCGCGCCAAGUGAAGUGUGGAGUUUCAACCUUUACGCACAGCAUCCCACUGUGUACCAUGGACCGACUGGGAGUUAUUUCGGUUAUUCCGUGGAUUUCUAUCAGGCCAGCCCCAACAGCAACGCGUUCAGUGUGUUGGUAGGUGCUCCAAAAGCCAACACCUCCCAGCCUGGAAUCGUGGAGGCUGGGUCGGUCUACUACUGCCCUUGGCCUGGCCUGCCUGACAGCUGCAAACAAAUACCCUUUGACAAUGCCAAUAACCGCAUGAUAAAGGUAAAUGGAAGCAGAGAACCUCUAGAGUUUAAGUCCCACCAAUGGUUUGGAGCAUCUGUGAGGACACACAAAGGCAAAGUAGUGGCGUGCGCUCCUCUCUACCACUGGCGCACGGUGAAGCUAAGCGGGGAGAUGGAUCCCGUGGGUACAUGCUAUGUGGCCGUCCAAAACUUCAGUGCCUACGCAGAAUACUCUCCGUGUCGGACCAAUGACCCAGACCCAGAGGGACAGGGCUUCUGCCAGGCGGGCUUCAGUGUGGAUUUCACCAAGGAAGGAAGGCUGGUGGUAGGAGGCCCUGGAAGCUUUUACUGGCAAGGUCAGGUGAUGACAGCAGGCGUAGCCGAGAUACUGAACGGCUACUCCUUGAAGGCCGUGCUAAGACGAGUUCCAGGAGAGAAACACACCGCCGCCGCUGAAGACACUCAUGAUGACAGCUACCUCGGUUAUUCUGUGGCAACGGGGGAAUUUACUGGUGAUUCGGAACAAGAGCUCCUUGCCGGCGUGCCGAGAGGAGCACAGAACUUCGGAUAUGUGGUGAUGAUCAACUCAUCCAACCUGACUUUCAUUCAGAAUUUCACAGGAGAACAGAUGGCCUCCUAUUUUGGCUAUUCAGUGGCUGUAACUGACCUGAAUGGAGAUGGGACGGAUGAUGUUUUAGUUGGAGCCCCCCUCUAUAUGGAGCGGGAGAUGGAAAGCAAGCCCAAAGAGGUGGGCAGGGUCUACCUGUACCUGCAGAAGGCCCCGCUCACCUUUACCAAAGCUGUCGCACUCACCGGCACGCACACCUUCGGGCGUUUCGGCACAGCUAUAGCACCUCUGGGAGAUGUCAACAACGAUGGAUACAAUGACGUGGCGGUGGGAUGUCCGUUUGGUGGGGAGGAUCGCGGAGGACGAGUAUUGAUCUUUAAUGGCCACAGAGAUGCGACAACGCGAGGCCUGACGCUGAGCCAAGAACUGAAAGCGGCCUCCGCCCCCACCAGGGCUCUGCCCGGUUAUGGCUUCGCCCUGCGAGGAGGCCAGGACCUGGACCGCAACCAAUACCCUGAUUUGAUCGUGGGGUCGUUUGGUGCUGGGGAGGUGUCAGUGUACAGAGCUCAAGCUGUUGUAUCUGUGGAUGCGGCAAUGAUCCUGACUCCCAGGAUACUGAAUCCUGAUGACAGGCAGUGUCGACUACCCUUCAGCGAUGCCAUGGUUACCUGCCUGAAGGUUGAUGUGUGUGCAGAAGUGAGUGGAGUAGCCAUCCCAAGCUCUGUGGACCUUAGAGCCGAGUUGCAUUUGGAUUGGUUGAAAGGUGUCCGAGGAGGUGUGAAGCGAGUCCUCUUCUUGGACACUCAGCAGCCUCAGCUCACUGGUCUCUUAACGUUGGGCCACGACCAUCCACAGGCUUGCUUAAGCUACAUCAUUUACCUGAAAGAGGAAGAUGAGUUCCGGGACAAAUUGACUCCAAUCUCAUUGGCUCUGAACUACAGUUUGGCUCCUCCCUCUCGGGGCCAGCAGCUUCCACCAGUCCUAAACUACUAUAGCAGCACCUUCCUCCAAGAACAUGCUUACAUUCUGCUGGACUGUGGUGACGACAAUAUUUGCAUCCCGGAUCUCCAUCUUUCUGCCAGCAUGGACCACUCUGAGCUGGUGAUUGGAGACGACAAUUUGGUCAUGUUGACCAUCACUGCAGCAAACAGAGGAGAAGGAGCCUACGAGACGGAGCUCCAUGUGUUGAUCCCAUCAGAGGCCGACUACAUUGGCGUGGAAAGGAGAGUAGAGUCUCUGUCUCAGUUGAACUGUGAAUACAAGAUGGUGAAUGACUCCAGGAUAGUCGUGUGUGACCUGGGCAAUCCAAUGGUGGCCCAAACUGAGCUGUCUGUUGGUUUGCGGUUUUCAGUCCAAAGGCUUGAAGAUGCCGGACCAAAGAUUAGCUUCGACCUACAGAUCCAUAGCUCCAACAAAGACAACCCUGAAAGCAACCCAGUCAGCCUGAAUCUGGCCAUCGUUGCUAAAGCUCAAAUUGAUUUACGAGGGGUGUCUCACCCCUCUCAGGUGGUGUUGCCAUUUCCACGCUGGGAGCCCAAAGAGAAGCCUGUCAAGGAAGAUGAUGUGGGUCCACAGGUCACGCACAUUUAUGAGCUCCAUAACGCGGGUCCCAGUAGUAUUCGGGAAGCCGAGGUUGAGGUCGGCUGGCCUUCCCGCUUCCGUGAUGAGAACCUGCUGUAUGCAAUGGAGAUUAAAACUGAUGGACCAAUAAGCUGUCGGACAAAUAGCAGCCUCAACCCACUGGGACUUCAGAUUUCAACCCUCCAAGAUACCCCAGAACUUCUGGGCUUCUUGAGGAACACCAGCGCUCCCCUUCGCCGGCACAAGCGGUCCGCCAGCGCCGCCUACAGUAACAGCGGUAAAACACUGAACUGCACAAACAUCUCCUGCCUGAUAAUCAAGUGUAUUGUGGGGCAUCUGGAUCGUGGCCAGAGUGCUGUCGUUAAGGUCCGGUCGAGAAUGUGGGCACAUACUUUCCUGCAGCGACGUAAUGACCCCUACAUUCUCAACUCGACUGUGUCCUUCAUGGUCCUGGCCAUGCCUUAUCGGGUGCAGCCCCACACCCUGCCUCAUCGCACUAUAUCGAUGGGCACACCCGUAUUAUGGGGGACACCAGACGUGUCCUUUGCCGUUCCACUGUGGGUCAUCAUCCUGGCGAUACUGCUGGGGCUGCUUGUGCUCGCUGUGCUGACACUCGCCAUGUGGAAGUGUGGCUUCUUUGACCGGGCGAGACCACCAGCCGGUGACAACAUCUCUGACCAAGAGCAGCUGACCUCCGAUCAAACAGGGGAUGCCUAA